UUGCAAUGAUACCUAUACAUGGGGUAUCAAUGUAAUUUACACAAGUUAAAGUGUUAUAGAGCGACCCCUUCAAAUCCCAACACUUGGUCAACACACCAAUCGUGAGAUGGAGCCGGUAAAAUACGACCUAAGUGAGGAACUCUGGUGUCAUGACCUCUUCCUCGUUACCAGGCGUAACUAAAGUAUAUAUAUUCACAUACUCCAUCGCAUUUAACAACAUAACCAUAACUUAUUAACCAAACAAACGAAAAGAAAAGCCUUUUCUCCCUGGGAAAUAAUAACCUAUUACCUGACUACUUCGAAGCUCCUUUCUGUCGGUCCAACGUAAAGAAGAGAGAGCAAAAUCAAAUGAGGAGAGUUAGCUGGUCUACUGUUUUGAUCGUGGUGAUGAUUGUGUCGUUAUUGGUGGUAGAACACGUAGUGCUUCCGGCCGAGGCGGGGAGGGUUCUAACGGAUAAGUUGGUCGACGGAAGAGGGACGGUGAUGAGGGUGGAGAAGAUGAAGUCGACGGUGGAUUACUGGUUUCAGCGUUUGGCUUCGGGUCCGAGUCCAAGUGGUCGCGGCCAUUAAACUAGUUUUGUUUUUCCUAGCUGGAGGAGAUCCAUUAGCGUCAGUAUAACAUACGAUUACCAUAAACAAAAUCGUAAUAGAAACUGUAUCACAUUCAUUUAUUCCUUUUCAAUUUUUUUUUCUAUAGUGAAAAUUUACAAAUAUAGGCAAAAACUUAACCAUCAUUAUACAUAUCUUUACUGUUGUUGGUUGUUAAUUUCAAUAAGAUUUAUUUUAUAAUCGCUA